AUGUCUGCACAAAUUGGGCUCUACUACCCGAUCUUAAGUGACAAGUUUCAGCAAAAUCUGUUGGCAGUGGCGGGAUGGACAAUUCUUUGCGCUUGCGCCUUCGGGGUCCUGCUUCUCUGGUCAUUUGCAGUCGAGGUCAGAAUGCCAAAACUUUCGAUUGCAUUGGAAGAUGAGGUACCCGAUCGACAGGAGCGAAUUGAUAUUUUCAUCAAAGACACAAGAAGGUUGUUCAUCACAAGUUACAACAAAUUCCAAAAUCGGGUAUUUGGGAUAAACACGACUGAAGGCACGAACAUCAUUAUACCCCUCGAGCUACUCCACGGGCUAGGAAGCCACAAGUCCCUGAGUUUCGCUGCAUUUCUCGAAGAAGAGUUUAGUAUGAAGAAGUAUACUAAAGUUGGCAACCUCGAUGAGAAACAAAUCGCCAUCGUAAACAAGAAGCUGAACCCGAGUCUUCCGCAAUAUGUUCCAGUACUUAUUGAUUUGAUACGCAGCCACUGGCCACUCGAAACCUAUGGAGUUCCCACAGUUGUCAAGCCGUGGCCACACGUUAUGCGUCAGGUUUCUCGUGUCUCCGCCAGACUAUUUCACAGCGCUGAGUCGGCGGAUAAUGAUCAAUGGCUGGAUAUUGCCAGCGAGCAUGUUCAUUCUGCUGUCGUUUGGACGGAAAAUCUGAAGAAGUGGCCAGCAGCGCUGCGACCUUUUGUCCAUCGAUUUGUCAAGGGACGCGGAAUCAUGAUGCAGCGCUUUGGUGAAGGCAAAGCUUUGGUAGCCAAGACUUUGCAAAGAAGAAGGCUGCUUGGAGGGAAGCCCCUGAGCAGUCCUCCCGCACUGCUGGACUAUCUUGCCGACACGAUUCUUGGCCCAGACGACGUGGAGGCGCACACAGUUGCUCAAAUCAACUUGUGCGUAGCCGCCAUUCAAUCUAUGGCUGCAACAGUCACCCAGUGUCUCAUGGAUCUUGCGACUUACCCGGAGUACAUUUCUGAGCUUCGUGAUGAGAUUGAAAUAAUACUGGCUCGAGGGAACGGGGUACUCAGCAAGCAAUCAUUGACGGAUAUGAUGAAGCUGGAUAGUGUUAUCAAGGAAACCCAGCGAUUGAACCCGCCGGAUCUGGCAAGCUUCCAGCGGAAGGUUAUGUCGGACUUCACAUUAUCAAACGGCCUUCGCAUCCCGAAAGGCGCACGCAUCGCAUUGCCGACUGGAGCCAUCAACAUGGACCAAGAUCUGUUCCAGAAUCCUGAGGUGUUUGAUGGUCUCCGAUUCUAUCGAAUGCGCGUCGCUAAAGACGAGGCCCGAAGCAGCAAUCAAAUGGUGACGGUAGGUAAAAGCGACCUAACAUGGGGUUAUGGCAGGCAUGCUUGUCCAGGCCGAUACAUUGCCGAGGUCGCCAUGAAGCUGUUGCUGAUCGAGUAUAUCACGCGCUAUGAUAUCCGGCUAUCUGGGGAUUUGAAGACUCGGCCGAAAAACAUCGAGUUCGAGGGAUUGGUUAUUCCCGACCCCGACUGGGAGUUGCUGUUGACGAGUCGACUUACAAACGAGACUGCUUCAGAUCGAGAGAGCUGA